CAAAGAGUGACCCGUGGCAGGUGGUGUGGACAGACAGCUGAUUCCUUAUCAAAUAUUGGAGUCUGGAAGCUACAGGCCCAGCUGAACUUGCAGCAAACAUGAAGCUGAUUUUGAUCUUCGGUGCCCUCAUCGGGGUUUCCCUGUGCCUGGAAACCUUCGUUGGGCACCAAGUUCUCCGAAUCAAGACCAGAAAUGAGGAGGAAAUCAAACAGCUGCAGCUUUUGGAAUCGCUGGAACAUCUGAAGCUGGAUUUCUGGAUCAACCCCUCUGCUCCCGCCCUCCCCGUGGAUGUGAGAAUUCCUGCUCUCAGUGUCCAGUCAGUGAAAGCUUUCCUGGAAUCCCAGGGGAUUGAAUAUUCCAUCCUGAUCGAGGACCUGCAGGAUGUUCUGGAUAAAGAAAAGCAAGACAUGGCCGAGAGUGCCCAAAGGCAGCGCAGCAGCAGCAGCUUCGACUUUGGUGCUUACCACAGUCUGGAUGAGAUUAAUCAAGAACUGGAUCAUCUUGCAUCCGAGUUCAGCUUCGUGGAGAAGAUCCAGAUCGGGGAAUCCUACGAAAAGCGGCCUCUGUACGUCCUGAAGUUCAGCACCGGAGGCUCCAAGCGCCCGGCCAUCUGGCUCGACGCCGGCAUCCAUUCCCGCGAGUGGGUCACCCAGGCCAGCGCCCUGUGGAUCGCCAACAAGAUUGCCUCUGACUACGGAACAGACGCUUCCAUCACCUCCCUGCUGGACAAGAUGGAUCUUUUCCUGCUGCCAGUGGCCAACCCUGAUGGAUUUGUGUACACUCACACCUCGAAUCGCAUGUGGAGGAAAACCCGCUCCAAGAUUCCCGGCAGCGUCUGCGUGGGAGUUGAUCCCAACAGGAACUGGGAUGCAGGUUUUGGAGGUCCUGGAGCCAGUAACAGACCCUGCUCCGACUCCUACCACGGGCCCAGCGCCAACUCCGAGGUGGAAGUGAAAUCUGUUGUCGACUUCAUCAAGAAUCAUGGAAACUUCAAGGCCUUCCUGACCCUCCACAGUUAUUCCCAGCUCCUGAUGUAUCCCUAUGGAUACAAAUGCACCAGGCCAGACGAUUAUGCCGAGCUGGAAUCUCUGGGAAGAGCUGCCGCCAGUUCCAUCCGCUCCCUCUAUGGCACCACCUUCCAAGUGGGCACCAUUUGCAAAACCAUCUACCAAGCCAGUGGAGGCAGCAUUGACUGGAGCUACGACAACGGCAUCAAAUAUUCCUUCGCCUUCGAGCUGCGGGACACGGGGCGCUACGGCUUCCUGCUGCCCGCCAACCAGAUCAUCCCCGCGGCCAAGGAGACCUGGCUGGGCCUGAAGAAAAUCAUGGAGCACGUGCUGAAUAAAUCCACCUGAGAUUGGGGCUGGGAGUCAGCUCUCUGCAGCUCCAGCUGGUCAAAUAAACCCCCUGUGC